AUGAUUAAUAAUUCAAAUAAUGAUUUUAAUUAUUUAAUUACAUUUAAUUAAGAUUUUAAUAGAAACUAUAGAAACACUCUCACGUUGUUUUGUAAUUUAAUGCAAAUGUUAUAUAAUACAAAUGAUAGUGUUAUACAUUUGCAUAUAUUUUAAAAAAUGCGAAUAUGAAAAAUGUGACGAUUGUUGAUGCGGACGACCGUUAAACUCCUCAGUUUUGUUUUGUUUGCUCCUCGACCGUUGAUAUACGAUCCAAACAAGCAAAAAGGACAAUCUCGUUUCUUUCAAAAUGGUGAGUACAUUUUAGCACUUAAAGUUGUGUAUGUGCUCAUAUAUGUUUAUAUAAGUCGACGUACGCGUUUGUUAAGGUUUUUGUAGUAGGCUAACUUCAGCAAGGCGUUGCCAGCUACUGCUAGAGUAACGUUAAAUAUAAUUAACAAAGCAGAAAUACGUACAUUUUCCCGUAUUUAACGUUAGGGAUCUCACAGCUGCUGUUUCGAACGACAUUACUAAAUACUUUUGUUGUUUUAAUGACUUGGUUAAUGUUACAGGCAGAGGAGGCUAUCGAAAGGAUUCAGGCUCAGAAAGGAGUGGAAGGAGUAAUCGUGGUCAACCCAGAAGGCAUCCCUAUAGAAAGCAAUCUGGACCACCGGCGUACACUUCACUAUACCUAUAAUUUCCAGCAGCUGCUGACCACAACUCAGCGAGUGUUGAAGGAGCUUGACCCUGAGGAUGAAGCCGUCCUUCUGGAUAUCGAAACUAAGAAAAAUGAUAUUCUGGUUUCCACAGCUAAGGACUGUUUUAUGAUUGCCAUUAGAAAGUCUAAAGAGGCGCCAUGAAUUUUUCAUUUUCUUCAUUAUUUCUUUUUCUUUUCUAAUUAAUAGCCAAACGUGUUAUAUUCCAUGUUCCAGCAAAGUUUAUAUAAAACACUGUUAUGAUGAAGAAGUUUCAUUAUUAUAAAUAUUGAAUGUGCUGCUUUUGCUUAUUCAUCAUUUGGAGGCAUCAGCGUGACGUUAUACCAUACUGUACCUGUUUUCGUAUGCAAAUAAACUAAAAUAAAACAA